AUGGACCUGAAAGUCAAUAUGGAACAUGACAGUUCAUGGAAAGACUCGUCCUUGGCAUGCCAGGGUGACCAAAGGAUGGCAGAUGGUCAAGCUGACCUGCUGUCCAAAGCAUUUAGCCAGGAAUAUAAUGAUGCUAGUCUGAGUAACACAGCACCAGACGAGAGCCACAGAAGUGGAGAUCUCUCGGACUGUAUCAACAAACAGAUUGCUGAGGGAUUACCAGACAGAGUUAUGAGAGAUGGCAACGCAACUAACAUCACCAAAGCAGAGGUAUUAUCUACUGCACAACAUGAGGGGAACUGUCAAGAGUGGACAAAUCAGGCUAAACAUAUGCAGACCAAAACCCAGGAACCAUCGCGUAUGAACAACAAUGAGGAACCAUACACAGAGGAUAUAUUUCAAACAAGUUCUACAGACAUGAACAAUCCAAUCUCUACUAUAGCAGUCUCAGAUCAGGCAGAUCAGGCCAUGUCUACUUUUAAAAGCAAUCUGGUUAUACCGAAUGGAGACUUUGGCACAAAUACAAAGUGCACACACUCAGACAAUAAUACGGUCCAACAAAAAGAGGAAUUCUGGAGCUCCUUAAGUCCAGACACAUGUAAUGGAUGUCAUGUGGAAUCAGACAGGCAAUCCAGUUCAGAAACUGGAGAUACAUUCCUCAAAGUCAAGUCAGAUCGAGCGUUAUUACAAUUAGAGCCAACAACUCCAGACAGUCUCAAUGAAACACAAAAAUGGAGCAGAACCAAUGAUGUACAAGAAUUGAGUAAGCUAGAAAUGAAGAAGAAUGGUGGACAAGAUAGAGGGACAAUGCUAAAAGAUGAGAGUGAUAACCCGGUACAAAUACAGGGAGAAAACAAAGAAAGAGCGAUGAAGGAAGAGAAAAAUGAUAUAUUACAAGAAGACAGCAAUUCGGAGUCCUUAGGUAUUCCCUCUGCCCCUGGGAACAUAGAAGAGCCACCAAACACGGAAAAUGCUUCGAGGCGUACCAGAAGAGUUACCUUCUCUCCGGGCCUAAAGUUAGAGAAACCUCCUCACCUACCGUCCAUCUUUAGUGGACUGAAAGGGUUUAAAAAAGAAACGCAUGACCAGCAGAAAAAAGCAUUAACCCUUGAACAACCAAAGAGUCCUGUCCUGAUGAAACGGGCCUCUGUUAAACGGGCACUAUUCUCUGAGAAACAUCCCAAAGUUGAGGCUAAAGGGAGCAUCCUUGAGCAGCUCUCUCAACUCCUGAGCUUUGAUUCUGCCAAAGUAGGAGCAAAAAAAACACAGGAACCCAUAGCAAGUCCUCCACUGUCACCUAGCAGCGAGACCCCAGUAGCAGAAAUGCCUCCCGUAGAGGAAAGUGUGGAAGGUCCUGAUGUUGCUUCACCAGUGGAAAGUGGCAAAUUAACAAAUACAGAGACAGCUCUCAAUGCUUUCAAAGCUUUCUUUACCCCUAAACCAGCUAAGAGGGACACUUCAGACCAUAUCGACCUGGAUGCUGUAAAGAGGGCAUUCAACCCAGAGACAAUCCGAGCUAUCUUUGACAGAAAUUCUAGCAAGUCUCCAGACAACAAGACCAUCUUUGAAAAAUCUCCUGAGAGCGAGGAGAGGACACCGGGGCGUUUGCAGGCUGUAUGGCCCCCUCCAAAGCCAAUAGACAAGGAGGAGAAAAUUGGGUUAAAAUACACAGAGGCUGAACAUCAGGCAGCUCUUCUACAUCUUAAAAGAGAGUGCAAAGAAGAGGUGGAGGCAUUAGAGGCUGACUUUAAGCUCCAGCUCUACCACCUCAGAGAGGAGAAUGAGGAAUCUGUGUCCAGACUGCAAGCAGCAAUUGCGGAUUUGAAAAAUGCUGCUAAGUGCUCGCAUGGUGAACUCAGAGAUGUGGCUGUGUCAACAGAAGACAACUUCAGACCUCGCAUUUUUCGCACUGUGUGCAUCCAGACAGACCGAGAGACUUUUAUUAAGCCUGUGGAGAAGCCAGAGUUUAACAAAGACCUUCUCCCUCAAUCAAAUGUGCCUAAAAAGCUUGAUCUUGCAUCAAUUAGCCAUAGCCUUUCCGGCAAACAGGAGCCUGCUUUGACUCCAUUGCCGCCGCCGCCACCGCCACCGUCUGUUCAGUCAGGAUUUGAUAGUGGAACAACUUCAAAGCCUUCACCAUCACUGCCUGGUCCUUCAGAGUGUUCUUCAAAACCUGCUCAGACAGACAAGUGCCCACCAGUCAUACAAGCCAAUGGUCCACCUCCUCCACCACCACUUCCACCAACAAUCAGAGCUGAUCUUUGUCCUCCACCACCCCUACCAGGCCCUGUGCCCUCCCCUCCUACUGGAGGUGGAUUAUUCCUCUGUAGAGCUGAGGAGAGGCCGCAACGAAAGGCAAGAGUGGAACCCAUCUGCCCAAUGAAGCCACUCUACUGGACACGGAUACAGAUUCAAAACAGCAGAAAUGAUACCCUGUGGAGCUUGCUGAAGGAGCCGGCCAUAAUAAAUACUAAUGAGUUUGCUGAGUUGUUUGCUAAAAUGGCUUCACCCGCCAAAAGGAAACCCCUAUCUGAGGCCUACGAGAAGACGGACAAAGCCAAGAAGAUCAUUAAGGUGCUGGACAGCAAGCGUUCUCAAGCUGUUGGCAUCUUAAUCUCAAGUCUCCACCUAGAGAUGAAGGACAUACAGCAGGCAAUUUUGAUGAUGGACAACUCUGUGGUUGAUCUGGAUGCUAUUGAAGCCCUGUAUGAAAAUAGAGCUCAGCCUGAAGAGUUGACGAGAAUAAGAAAACACUAUGAAACUUCAGAUGAAGAGCAUGUCAGACUGCUGGACAAGCCUGAACAGUUCCUGUAUGAACUCUCUCUGAUCCCCCAGUUCUCUCUGAGAGCACGCUGUAUCAUUCUUCAGUCAACGUUCACUGACGCUGUUGCGUCUAUCCAGCGCAAAACAAACAUGGUUCUCCAAGUGUGCAAGGGUCUACUGGAGAGAGACAGUGUGAGAGAGGUGCUGGGGCUGGUCCUUGCCUUCGGGAACUACAUGAAUGGCGGGAGCAGAAACCGAGGCCAGGCAGAUGGCUUUGACCUCGAGAUUCUCCCCAAGCUCAAAGACGUUAAGAGCAGGGAUAACCGCAUAAGUUUGGUGGAUUAUGUAGUGUCUUACUAUCUACGCAAUCUUGAUAAGAAUGCUGGGACUGAAAACUGUGUGUUUCCAUUGCCUGAGCCUCAGGAUGUCUUCCUUGCUUCCCAAGUUAAGUUUGAAGACCUUUCCAAAGAGCUCCGUAAGCUGGGCAAAGACCUUGAAGGUUGUGAGAAGGACGUCCAAAGAGUGUGGUUAACAUCAUCUCAAGAAUACAUCUACCCCUUCAAGGAGAAAAUGGAAGCUUUCAUCUCCAGCGCCCAAAAAGAACAAAUAGCAACUGAACAUCAUCUCAUAUCUGCCCAAAAAAGCUUCCAUGACCUGGUGCAGUAUUUUGGGAUCAAGCCCCGUUCUGGCGAGCAGGAUGUCCUACCAGGCCAUGUUUUUAUGCUCUGGUUUGAAUUCUGCAAUGACUUCAAGACCAGAUGGAAAAAGGAGAACAAGGCCAUCUCCAAUGAGAGGCUGAGAGAAGCCCAGCAGUCAGUGCGCAACCUCACCGCAGACAAAAAAGUGGAGACCAGGCAGGUCCAUGCUAACGGCCUGAAGGAAAGACUGCGUCAAAAAGAAGCAAGCCUCUCCAGCACCUGAGACAACAGACCCGCCACACUGACAGUAUACUUUAUAUGAUUUAUCAAUUCAAGCCCGUUUUUUUUUACUUUAUUUUCAUUUUGUAUCUGCAUGCGAUGUUGGCUCGUUCCUGCAUAAGAAUCAGAUCUUGAAGAGAUGCAGCAAUGCAUAGUUCUGUGUUCUUUCUGCUUGAGCACACCUGGUUGAAUGUGAUGAUUUAACAUCAGAUUUGAAUCAGUCCGAUUCAAUUUUAUUUUCGCAGCGCUUGGAACAAUAGACAUUGAAACAAAUCAGCUUUAUAGAAAUUUAGAUUUAGAUCCCUGAUGAGCAAGCAGGACGUGACUGUGGCAGAGGAAAAACUCCCUGAGACAAGAUAACGGUUCUCCCUUACCUCGAGAGGAACCAGACUCAAAGGGAACCCGUUCUCUUCUUCGUGACUCUGGAUAGUGGAAUUAUAAAUCAUGAUACCUGAAUAUUAUAAAGUCAAACAGUACUAAGAGUCAUGGAAGGAGUUUCAGUAUGAGAUUACGGUUACAGCAUCAGUUCUGUAACCGAGCCUGGGAACCGAAGCCAAGUGGGUUUAGUUUUAUUAAAUACUGAGAAAUUGUCCAAUAUCCGCAGCUUCUGUGUAUUUAAAUAAAAACACCAGUUUGUAAACCCCACGACACUGUCGCCAGGAACUUUCCCCAGUCUCACUCGAUCAGAUUCCCCACAAAACACCCACAAAUUGCUACAGACAACAAAAUACGUCUUUAUUUUGUACGUUGAGUAUAUUGUAUUUCUGAUGGAUAAAACACUGAAAUACAAUCACAGUAUAAAACGUGAAAGUCCCGUGAUACUGUACAUAAAGUAAACAUUUGGAAAUGGACAUUUGGUUUGUAACUUAUUGAUUUCGUAAUCUUUUUUUUAUGUUAAAGACGCUGUUUGGAAAGGACGAAUCAGAUUUUAGUAGCAACGAGAGGCGGCGUAGUUCAGAAGUCCAAAUACAAAACUGAAGGCAAUAAAUAUCCAUAUUAAUUUCGAAAUUCAAAAUACAGUUGUUUGUUUUUCAGCAUUCAGAUUUAUUA